CUGACUCGAGUGCUUCUGUGCUAUACGAAGAUUUGUGUCGCCGAGCUGAGAAAAGUGAAAUUCGUUACGAGUGCUUUUGUCACGUUUUUCAGGAAAUUCCGAACCAAUCUCUUUUCACCAGUCUCUGACAAUUCGUCGUUUGAAAUUUCUUUGUCUAUGAACAUUGCAACUGCACAUAUCUACAUGAAGACUUUGAACUCUGCAGGAUAUUGAUCUGGACUACUUACAUAAAGUUGCGGGCGAAAUGGAAUUUAAAGCGUUACAUCUGUUGGUGGCAGGGCAGUUAUUGUCUUCCUAUUUGUUCACAUCCGUGUCUUGCGUGGAUCGGUGUUCGUCAUCAGUCCAUUGCGUGUCAUGCACGUCGAUGCAAGGUUGUACCUGGACAAAAUGUUUGGACGAAUCAGGUCCUUCCUGUAAAGACAACUUCAUAACAGAAGGAACAACCCAGAACUGCAGCAUUUCAGUCUGUGCAGGUCCAACAGUACAUCCGAUGACAGACCAAGGCACAACACCAGCAAUGCCAGCUCUUCAUAGCCUAGGCAAUGAAACCAGUACCAACGAAACAUCAACAGCGAUACCAACCACAGCAAAUAUGUCAACUGCAGCAACGAACGCUUCCACUACAGCAAGCCACGCUACUAGCACAACUCCUUCAUCUGCACCUAAGACCCUGCCCACAACAAAGCCAACUAUGACAACAAACCCUACCCAGCCACCUGUUAGCAACCCCACAGCUGCCACUAACAGCACAUCUCAGACCCCCACGGCCUCCACAUUCGACACAGGCAGCUUUGUCGGGGGCAUGUUUCUGGCCUUGUCCGUGACACUCGUCUUGUUCUUGGGGUACAAGUUCUCUUGUUCCCGCCAAGAAGUACGGUACCGCACCAUUGAGGAACAUGAUGCCAUAAUUUAAGAACAAGCAUGGAGGAAGCCCCUUCUUAUGCAUCCUGCAUUAUGUCUGAAGGUAGAUAUUUUAAAGCAGUUAUGAAGACUGCAUUUUUCACAGUAUGAACAUGUAAGUCCUUUUAUUUUUUCUAUUGCACUAAUGUGGAAAAAUCACAGGUUCAGUACUUUAAACUUUAUAACUUUGUGAACUUCAGGAAUGUGACAGUCAUAACAAUAGCAAUAACUGAAAUGAGGCACAGCUCAUGGCUGACUUGAAUGAAAAAGCCCCUCCUCUUUUUUCUAGAGAGAAAAAUUCAUACUGACUUAAGUUUUUAACAGUGACUAAUCUAUUGUAUUUAAUUUUAAGAUACUUCCCUUGUGCGCUUUGCACCUCAUAUAUUAGUUAUAUGUUAACUUUAGGAAAGUGGUCAGUAUCCCAUUAUGUUGAGUGGGAGCAGGAAAUAGGAAUGGAAUUUUUAUUCCAAACAGAACAACUAAUUCUUUGGUUCAGUUCCUUGUUCUGCUACCUACUUAAUUCCUAACCAGUUUGAACCAAUUCUCCAGCAAUAUUGACAGCAUAGCCAGAAAUAUGG